AUGGUUUCCAAGAAAAAGAAGAAGUAUUCAUCCGGGGAAGGAGCGCAGUUUAUGACUAGGAAAGCUGCUUUAAAAAAGUUACAGUUGUCUUUGAAGGACUUUCGACGUAUUUGCAUAUUAAAAGGUAUCUAUCCCAGAGAACCACGCAAUCGCAAGAGGGCUCAAAAAGGUGUAGGGGGCAUUAAGACCUUAUAUCACACUAAGGACAUAAAAUUUUUGUUACACGAACCGAUAAUAUGGAAGCUAAGGGAGUUAAAAGUGUAUCAACAAAAGAUACGACGUGCACGGGCAAUGAGAGAAUACAGAUCUAUGAAAAAGUAUUUACGUGAUUAUCCAGAGAUAAAUAUUGACCAUAUAGUAAAGGAGAGAUAUCCCACUUUUGUGGAUGCCUUGAGAGAUUUAGACGACUGCCUCACACUUUGUUUUCUCUUUAGUACCUUCCCUUCCUUAAAGAAAGUUCCCAGAGACCAAUCAAUGCUUUGUAGAAGAUUAACAGUGGAGUUCAUGCAUGCAGUCAUAGCUGCCAAAGCUCUCCGGAAGGUGUUUGUGUCUGUUAAAGGUUAUUAUUACCAGGUUGAAUUUGAAGGACAAACUAUCACCUGGAUUGUGCCACAUCAUUUCUCAUUUCAGCCACAAAAUAAAGAUGAAGUUGACUUCAAGAUCAUGUCAACAUUUGUAGAAUUCUAUACAAUGAUGCUGGGAUUCGUAAAUUUCAAAUUAUACCACUCUCUGAACUUGGUUUACCCACCUAAACUAACAUCAGCAUUCUCAGCUGACACGGAUAAAGACCUUAUAGAUGAACAUGCAUAUGUGUCAGAGAGGAUUGCAGCCAUGAACUUGUCUUUAGCCAGACUGGAAGGUGCUAAUGAUGCUGAAGAGUUACCAGAGAUGGAUAUCUUCAAUACAGAAGAUGAUGAUCCUCAAAAAUUAGAAGAAGCCAAACAAGAAGCAGAAAAAGUGAAGAAACUCAAAACUAUGUUCAAAGGCUUGAAAUUCUUUAUAAACAGGGAAGUUCCAAGAGAACCACUGGUGUUUAUUAUACGUUGCUUUGGAGGAGAAGUAUCAUGGGACAGAGACCAUUUUGUUGGUGCCACAUUUGAUGAGACAGAUGAAAGCAUUGCUUACCAGAUUGUUGAUAGGCCAACUAUGGACAAGCAGUAUAUAUCUCGGUACUAUGUGCAACCUCAGUGGGUGUUUGACAGUGUCAAUGCAAGAAGUCUACUGCCAAUUAACAAGUAUUUAAUGGGAGCUGUACUACCUCCUCAUCUGUCACCAUUUGUUGAUAAAACUAAAGAUCAAGUAUAUAUUCCUCCUGAAGAGAGAGCACUCAACGAUCCUAACUUUAAACCUCUUAAUGAUGACCAAUCAGGCAGUGAUAUAGAAGAAGCCAGCGAUGAGGAUAAAGAGGAUGAAGAUGAACCAAACUCUGAAGAUAGUGAUGCUGAAGAAGCUUUAGCUAAACAGUACCAACAGGAAGUGGAGGAAGACUCAACUUCUGACGAGGAUGAGGAUAAUGCAGAUCCUGAGAAAAAGAAAAUAGCAAAAGAAAAGAAAAAAGCCAUGGCUGUCACAACAGGAGUGCCUCAUAAGGAACAUCCCUACCAAAAAGAAAUUGAAGACAAACAGGCCUUCAGGUUGAGAGAGAAACUUGUUCGGAAAAAGCACAGAAAUCUCUACAAAAGCAUGAAAGCUGGACAGGAGCAGAGGAAAAAAGAAAUAUGGUUAUUGAGGAAGAAGAGGCGUCUUCACGACGAAAAGGUUAAAGAAAACAAGAAGAACGAAAAACGCAAACAAAAAGCGCAAUCGUUAGAAGCCUCUGUUUAA